CCUGCCUGUUACAACGAGCCACAAUGGAGACUAAAUAGGAACUCGAGCGAAAUAUCCGGGCGUUUUAUUUAAUUAAAACAGUAAGUUACAAGUGUAUCAGCAGUGUUAUAAAUCUCCAGCUCAUACAUUGACAAGUAAUUAGAAAAAGAGGUUGCGGACAGAUUCUUUAAGUUUCUACAAGUGUUUUGAACAAGGAAAUCGUCUCAGGCUAACGUUAUGUAGCAAGCUAAUCUCAUUUAUCCAUUCGUAAACUCAGCUAUCAUUUCACGGACUGUUACAAAUAUUUCAACAAGGCAUGACUGAGUAUAAACUUGUGGUGGUCGGGGCAGGAGGCGUGGGGAAGAGCGCCCUCACCAUCCAGCUCAUCCAGAACCACUUUGUGGAUGAAUAUGAUCCAACCAUUGAGGACUCCUACAGAAAACAGGUGGUGAUUGAUGGAGAGACAUGUCUGUUGGACAUCCUGGACACUGCAGGUCAGGAGGAGUACAGCGCUAUGAGGGACCAGUACAUGAGGACAGGAGAGGGCUUCCUCUGUGUGUUUGCCAUCAACAACACCAAGUCCUUUGAGGAUGUUCACCUCUACAGAGAGCAGAUCAACCGGGUGAAGGACAGUGACAGUGUCCCCAUGGUGCUGGUGGGGAAUAAGAGCGACUUGAGUUCCCGCUCGGUGGAGACGCGGCAGGCGCAGGAGCUGGCACGAACCUACGGUGUACCGUUUGUUGAGACCUCUGCCAAAACCAGACAGGGUGUAGAGGAAGCUUUCUAUUCACUUGUACGGGAGAUUAGAAGAUAUAAAGAGACCAAUCGCAGCAACAAGAAGAGCAAGAAGAACACUCAGAGACGUUGCAUAAUACUAUAGCAAACCACACACCAGCAUCCCACAGAUGCAGCACUUGUUUCAUGCUCCCCCUUUCACACACACACACCCUGCACCUCCUCUGUCACUUCAGAGACGUCCAGGACAGCUCUGGACAGGGAAGCUGAUCCAGUCUCCUAUGGUCAGUUUUUAGUUAAAGGCGUACUAUGCAGGAUUUGUCGGCUGCUGUACUCAAUCAUAGCUCCUCCUCCCAGCUCAACAACACCACAGCGAGCUGUGAGCAGCGGUGGUCAAGUGAGCUAGAGAGUGAAUGAAGAGGAGCAAUGGUAGUGAGAACAAAGCUGUGGAUCAGAUAAAUCAAAUAUGUUCUGAUUGUUUCACGGCUGUUGUGUUCUUAAGUACAAAUAAACACACAUGCGCGUGAAAGUGCCACAAUGCUCUGAAUCCAGAACUUCAUCCUGUUCUGUGUGUGUAGCUCAGCCCUCAGUCAAACGCUCACACAGACCAGAGGAGAGAGACAGAGACAGCAAAGUAACCUGGUCGCUACGAGUCCUGACCCUCACCCUGUGUGCUGUUAUUGGCUGGGGGCUUAAAUCCUGCAUAGCAUGCCUUUAACAAUAUGCCGCAACAAGACUGGCCAUUUAUUCAUCCAAUGUGCAGUGUCCAUUUAACGCUGUGAACUCUGUUGGUUUAUGUUCUCAUGACCAAACAACCAGAAAGUGCAGUUUUAAGUUGAGGUUUGUUUUGUUUUUGUUUUUUUGGUUACAGUCAGCAUUUGUGAAUACUUAAUUUGAAUUUGUCAUUCAGGAACCUAAAUGAGAAUAAGUCUGGAAAGAUCAUUUCUCAGUCUAGAAUUGUGAUUUGUCCGGCCAGUUUUUUUUACAGACAGUUCAGCUCCUGUUCAGGGGUUCACAGUGGUGCGUCGCUGCACUUUGUCACAUCAGGUGAUCCAACUCGAAAAUGACUUUAGGACUCAACACAUUUAGUGUGGUGAAAUUAAUCAUGUGCUUAGUAUGCAUCUGUCUUAAUGGAGCCCCACAGUCAUCAUGAAAAUCCUCAUACUGACGAGGAUACAGUUCACCUAUGAAAAUAUUGAUUGUAGACAAAUGAUUGGCCAAAACUUUCUGAAAGUUGAGAAAUUAGUGGUGUUUUUUUUUUUUUUUUUUUUUUUUACAGGUUAGUGUGUCCUCUGAGGGUUGAAACACAACAGCAAUAUCAAAGACCACAUCAAUGAAAAUGCUGUAAAAGGACACUUCAACCACAGUAACAAAGCCUCAAAAUAGUGUUUCAGACUCCUAGGUGCACUUUAUUCAUUUCCUAUUAUGUGUUUAUUGUAGGGUUUAGGAUUAGUUAGUGCCAACUGAAAAGUUAACUCAGGAAUAUCAGGAAGUGAGGAAUAACAGAGGAGAGCUGUGUCCAAUGAUUGGUUGAGAUAAGAUGUUCACGCCAUCGUCAGCUUAUUGUUGAACUACUGUUUGUUCCACACAGUCACACUGUAUUCCAAAGUCUACUUUUAAUACUUUUUUUUUUAAUCUGUCAGUUCCAGUUUUGUUGCAGUUGUCAAGUUGCUGUGUCCAAAUUCUGUGGAUGCAAACAUCAGACAUGUAGCAUGUGAAAUGUGGUACGACAAACCACAGCUGAUGCUGACAUCAGCUCCUAGUUGAGCAGGAAGAGUUCAGACACAGCGACGCUCAUGUUAUCUGAUCAUACUUGAUGCUGGAUGAUGAGGAUAUUCAAUAGAGCAACCAUUUUUAUAGCUGUGUUCGUCUUCUUUGAUAAGUAGUCACCCUAAAUGUAAUGGAUUGUUAAAUUUCUAUUUUUGUAGCAUUACCAAUAGCUAUCCCCACUUUAAAAGAAAACAUCUGCAUUAAUAACCUGCUGCCAUCAGUUAUUUUAAGUUAAAGUAACUUCAGUUGCAUCCUUAUAACAUGAGUCCAUCCAUGGAGGGCUCCCACUUAUCCACCAAAUGUUUCAUUAUCCAGACUGUUAAAAUAUGGAGCAACUUCAAAAAGGUUUGAAAACCUGACCUGGUCCGAACAAGUCUGUCACUGACAGCUGUGUAAAAUCUGUAAUGAACAAGUUGAGGUCCUUUACAUCUGGUCUGUUUUGUUUAUCUAAUCUUGGCUCUUUACAGAUAAGGUUGACCAGAGGAUAUGUGUAUUUUUAAAAAGAUGGACAAUACAAGAACUCAUCUCAAACACACAAGGUGAAGCACGUGUCUGAUUUGUAAGCUCUGAUAAUAAAUCUUUUUGUCUUA